CUCCAAGGCUGCCCAUUCCAUUUCCAUUCCAGUUUUCUCUCUUCACCUUUGUCGCAUCACCAACCUACGACAGAGUUUGACUACCUAUCAACCAUGACAAAGCCAAAAGCCGCGGGCGCGCAAACCCGCGACCCUUACAAUGAAAUCCCAGGCUCGAGCGAGGACGAGGCAUACCUCAGUACAAGAUCCCGACCCACAAUCGAUCAACUUGAGUCUGAUCAGGGCGAUCAUCGUCAAGAAGCAAAUCGCCAUCGCUCGCGUAACGCUAGGGCGGCCAGCUCUGAACUAGACCAUGACGAUGACGACGCUUACGAUCCCACACGUGAGGGAGCCGAGCACUCUGAGCCCGAAGUUGUGCCCGAAGCACCGGCGCCGACAAAGCGCGGACGAGGUCGCCCCAGGAAGAACCCGGAACAGCCGGCUCAGCCCAGGCAAGACCGUCCAAGAGGCCGCCCUCCGUUGACAGGAGAUGCUACAGGCGUUCCAGCCAAGCUCGAGAUCAAGAAAAUUGGUACCAACUUGAACGAAGUAGCGCGCAAGGACUUGAUCAAGUUGCCAGAGUGGUACAAGAUGGCUGGUGACUGGGUCGACCAACGCCAACAGAGGGUUGACGCACUUGACAGCCUUGAAAAGGUACAGAGGAUAUUACGCCGACCCGAAAUCUCCGAGCACUUUUCAAAGGACGAUCAGAAGUCGGUGGAGAAGAAAUGGCGAGGUGAUCCUGCGCGCAAGCGCAAGCUUGACCAUGGUGGGAACACAAAGAUUCUCAGCCUCUACAAAGACUGUUUGUGUCUGCUUCGUUGUUUGCCAGAAGACAUCAUCUGCCAGCGAAACUACCUCGAGUAUGACGAAAGCGACCAUAGGUCGUCCCUGGUAUGGCGUGCCAAUUUUUGUGAGGCCCUCAAGACGCUAAUCUGUCACCCGUUUUGGUUGAACGACAUCAACUUGUUGGUCACCGCCAUCCACUAUACCGUCAUCACGGUCAGUAGUGACCGUCAUCCGUGGAAGUACGAGACAAAGGCAUCCGACACGUUUCCCUCUCGUAUUCAAAAGCUCAGCCGAGAGGGCCAGAAUCGCAAGAUGCGCAACAUCCGCAUUCAAGCCGUCGAAAACAUGCGGGCGGAAGGCAUAACGCAAUCCCAGUGGAAUAUUCUCUUUGAGCGCAUUGAGGCUAUUGCGGCCAAGAAUAAGUAUUCCAGUGAGGAGAUAUUGACCAACACAGGGCGGACGCCAAAUGCGCCGUACAAAGUACACCACCUGCAUCUCGAGAUUCUAACGCUCGCCCUAGAUUCUAUGGCUGCAAUGGGAUGGCCCAUGUUCCAGUCAUCCGCAGCCCUGUACGAGGGUGUAAGCGGGCGACGCUCGCGGGAUACCUAUCCCCUAGCCGCACAGCUGUCUGACCUACGGGAUUAUGCCAUUCUACGCAGCAUGGAGCUCGAUUUGGAGUACGAAAACAAGUCCCAAACCAAGUUCGAAAAGACUCAGCGUGUCACCCGAGAGUCUAAUGAGGACAGGCAGGUACCACGAAGGACCACAAGAGAGUUGACAGUUCCCUCCAAGCACCUCGCAGCAUCCGUUGUCGCGCCGACAAAGCAAGCCUUGCGGGUGGAAAUCGCUCGUGCGGCUGACAUCAAUCCGAGCGACUUUGCCGUCGUUGACGACGAAGUUCCCGAUAGCCAGCAUGAUCAAGAAGAUUACGGCAACCUUGAAGACGAGGAUCCGAUUGGCGAUCCUGGCGGAAACUUACCCAGCCGCCCAGAUCAAGAUGACAUUGAUGCAGAUGAAGAUCACCGCCCGCCGACGCGUACCAACAAGCGUCCACACGUGGAUUCUGAGGGCCUUGAGACCUUGCGUCCGACGCACAAAAGGCCUCGGCCCCCCGCUGAGCAGUCAGCAAGGGGUGUUGAACAAGAUGAAAACUUCUCCGACUACCCGGGCGGUUACCAUGAUCCGGGUGAUGGCGGUAACCGUCCGCCGGCGGUAGAAGUUUCCGCUACCCAACCGCCAUCCCAUAAAGUGGGAGAUUCUCAACAACAUGAAUCUGUAAAGGCAGAGUCGCAGCGGACUGCUCAGAGCUCGAACAAGAGGAGCCAAGAUGACUUGGUCCCUGAGACGCAGCCUGAAGGUUCUCAAACGGCGCAUAACGCGGCGGACAAAGUUGCCGCAUCGGCUUCCAGUCAGCCUCAGACUUCCACUGGCUUCAAACAUCCUUGGACCACCCCUCCCGGAUAUCGAAUGGUUUCCAUGGACGAUGUCAGUCCACGAAAAAUGGAAAGGCUGCGACGGAUCUAUGAGGAGAAUAAUUGGGAAACAGUCAUGCGACGAAAACGUUCGGAAAGAUUUCCAGAUUGGUUGUAUGAGUAGACGGAAAGGAACUUUGCCAAGGUAGUUUCUGUGGGAAUAUAGGAG